AUGGGUCGCCUAACGAGCUUGGCAAUUGCGUCACUGGCGGUCGUCGUUGCCGUUUUGGGGACGACGUUGUCGUCAGUGGGACGGAACACGGCACCGCUCGUUGGGUUACCGGAAUCUUCGUUGUUAAUGUCGCCGCCUUCGAUGCUCUACGUAUCGAUGAUUGCCGCCACGACAACGACCAACCAGAUUUCGCUGAUGUUAAAGCCAGUCUUGGUGGAAUUGGGGGCGGUGUUGUUGGUACAGGCUGUAGGUCUCCCAGUGAUUGCCAAACUUGCCUUUGCGGCACGCAAGAUUCGUUGGCUGCAAGUGUCUCGGAAUCUACGGUUAUCCGGAUCGGCCAUCAAGAGGCUGAGUGCGGCUUGGCGCAGCAGCACCCGGGUUUGGAGCACACUGGGUCACGUUUACAAAAAGACGUCGGCUUCCAAAGUUGUCCGAGAAACCAAACGUCUCGUCAAGGUCUUUGCCCACCAUCAUGAAUACGGUACAGUCGACCAAGUUUCCACUACGAACGAGGCGACUGUCUCCCAAGAGUUGAAAUACCCCCAACCUUUAGAAUAG